GCGGCUUACAUUGUGUCGUGUCUGCGAAAGGCCACCUCAGCGGUUAUCGAGUUUGCGCCCAACAACCACAUCGCCCACGAGGCUACCGACAUCCAUCGAGGCCGUCUGUUCCUCUCUCCUUCAGCGCAUGAUCCUCGCAGUCAUUGCAGCCGCUGCCGUUGCCUAGAUGGAUCAGGUCCUGGGCGGCGAUCGCCUCCCGCUGGAAACAUGGUUCUGGGAGAUGCCCACCUGCACGCGGUGGUGGACGGCCGCGACGGUGCUGACGAGCGCCCUCGUCCAGUGCCACAUGGUGACUCCAUUCCAGCUAUUCUAUAGCUUCAGAGCCGUCUUCAUCAAGUCACAGUACUGGCGACUGUUGACGACGUUUCUCUACUUCGGCCCGUUCUCGCUCGACCUCCUCUUCCACAUAUACUUCCUACAACGCUACGCACGGCUGCUGGAGGAAUCGUCCGGGAGAUCGGCCGCAUACUUCUCUUGGCUUCUCGUCUAUGCCAUGGCGAGCCUGAUUGUACUGUCGCCGCUGGUUUCGAUGCCGUUCCUCGGCCACCCGCUGUCUUCCACCCUCGUUUACAUUUGGUCUCGCCGCAACCCCGACACCAGGCUUAGUUUCCUUGGACUGCUGGUUUUCACGGCGCCGUACCUGCCAUGGGUGCUGAUGGCCUUUAGCCUGUUCAUGCACGGUACCGUACCGAGGGAUGAGAUCAUGGGCGUCGUGAUCGGUCACAUCUGGUACUUUUUCAACGACGUGUAUCCACCCUUGCACAAUGGUUCCAGGCCCUUGGACCCCCCAGGCUGGUGGAGGCGCUUGUUUGAAGGCCGCAGGUCGGAGGAUGAUUCCGUCACGGAUGUCAACGACAUCGUGGGUGCGGCAGGAAGAGAUGUCGCUGCCGUCAAUGUGUUCUAGCAAUUGAGAAUGAGAGCGUCUCUUUUUCUUUUUCUUCUCUCAAUUUCCAUUUCUACGGCUGUAUGAAGACAGUUCACUAGGUUUCAAUGCAAGCCUAUCAUCAUGUAUAUAGAACUCCAAAGUGUACGUUCUCUACUAAUGCAGCGAAGUACAUCUGACGAACAAAGC